UAACCACUGCGCCAUUCCCCCCGCAUGCGACGCCAUCAUCGCAGGCCUCUCGGCAAAGCUCCGUGCGUCGCUGCAGCUCCAGGACGACGACGACGACAAGUUCGACCCGACGGUGCCGCUGGUGGAUCAGGGCGUGGAUUCUCUAGGGGCCAUCACGGUAACGCAAUGGUUUUCCAAGGAGCUUUUGAUCGACAUACCGAUCCUCAAAAUUCUGGGCGGUGCCUCAGUCGUGAGCCUCGCCGACGAGGCGGUCGCCCGGCUGCCGGCGAGCUCGAUACCUUUGAUCCAAAGGGCCAACGGUGAGCAGGCACCAGACAGGGAUGGUGCCGAGAUCAACGGGAUUCGCGAUCCCCACACCGACGACAUUGGCACUGCCGCCGAGCUCGAGCAGGACCUCGCGGAAGAACCAAGCACCCAGGAACCCGUGGUUAUCCGUCGGGAGCCGCUCUCCCUGGGCCAGGCCCACGCUUGGAGCCUCCAGCGCGCGAACCCUGACAAACCCUGCCUCCUCAACAGCACCAUCGGCAUGUUCCUCAGCGGCAAGAUGCACGUCGGGCGCUUCAGCCGUGCGUGGAACAUGAGUUUUGCACGCCACGAAACGUUCCGCACCGCCUUCGUCGAGGAGGCUGACGGCACCGUGAUGCAGGAAAUCCUGCGCCGACCCAGGGUGCACCUCGUGCUCAGACACGUUGCGGACAGGGACGAGGCAGUGCGCUGUUACGAAGCGAUCAAGACCGAGACGUACGACCUCGCGGCCGGCGAGGGGGUCAAGCUCGUCCUUUUCCGCUGGGGAGGCGACAGCUCCCUCCUGGUUUACGGCUACCACCGCCUGGUGGGCGACGGGUCGACGACCGAGAACCUGUUCGCCGAGGCCGCUCAGCUGUACGCGGGCGCCAGGCUCCCCGCCCCGGCCCUGCAGUAUAGUCAGUUUGCCGCGCGGCAGGCGGCGGACCUCGCCGCUGGCCGGCUGCAGGACGAUGUGGCCUACUGGACCGCGCUGCUGGCCGACGCACCGCCGGUUCGACCGCUGCCCGUUCUCGCGCUGCCGCACGCGACGCCUGGCAACGCGGCCGGCCCGCCGUCGUGGGCCCACCACACCGCGACGCUGCGCCUGCCCGAGUCCACGGCCCUCGGCGUGCGCGAGGUCAGCCGCCGGUUCAGGGCGUCCCCCGUGCACCUGUACCUGGCGGCGCUGCACGUGCUGCUGGCUCGGGCGGCCGAGGCGGCGGGCGGCAGCAGCGACAUAUGCAUCGGCCUGUCCGACACGGGCCGCGCCGGCGGGGCCGGGGACGCCACCGCCAUGGGCUUCUUCGCCAACACGCUGCCCCUGCGCGUGGCCGGCUGCGCGGUCGACCGGCCGUUUGGCGACCAGGUCAGCGCCGCCAAAGCUGCCCUCGCCGGCGCCGUUUUGCAUUCCCGCCUGCCCUACCCGGCGCUGCUGGAGCGGUUGGGUAAGGCGAGGGGCGGCACCGCACGCGAGGACGUCAUGCCGCUCUUCCAGGCCGUCUUGGACUACCGGCAGGGCGCCACCGAAUCGGGCGCCAUCGGCGACUCCGUCAUCGUCGACACGCUGGUGUCGCGCGAGGCCAUGCCUUACGAUAUUGGCCUCGACAUCUCCGACGAUCCGGGGAGGAGCCCAUUGCUGACGCUCAGGCUGCAGACUUCGCUCUAUGGGGCGUCCGACGCCCACCUUCUGCUCAGGGCGUACCACUCCAUCGUUUCCGCGGUUGUGCAAAACCCGGCCAUGCGCCUGGGCGAUGUGCCGCUGAGCCUGGACUGAGAAUCGCAGCCCCCUGAGGCGUGACCGGUUCGAACCAGUUUCAGGUUCAAGUUCAGGUUCAGGUUCAGGUUCAGAUCGACUGCUCAGGCAGCCGUGGGUCAUGUCACGCCGCGAAAUCCGUCAAUCUUCUUUUCCCAUCUGUUCUCGUCAGGCCGACGUGGUGCAAAUCUCCUGCAAGAUGAACGACAGACAGCUUUUCCGAGCUUUAUAUGACAUGGACGCGGGCGUUGGAGUCGCCGACUUUGUUUUCGUGUAUAAAGUAUAAAAUAUAGAUUCAUUGGUUUUCUCUUCCAAGCAUGCACUCUAUACUACUUACAAGAGCAAACGUUAAAAUCAAAACUCUGCAUCCCCG